AUGGCCAUUCGAGCAUUAGCCGCAAGCAAAUUACGAGUCAGACAACUGAAUAUUUUCAAUGAUCGGGACAUGCAAAACUGCAGUCUGUCUUGCGAUCAAUUGAACAUGUUCGAUUGGACAGAGGCCAGCGUCAUUGACUCACUGGCCCCGGUUACGACGCUUUCAAUAAGUCUCACUGAUAGAGUAUUUACAUUUAAUGAAGACGAAGAGAUGGAUGAGGAUUUCAGCGAUGAUGGUUCGGGAGACAAAGCCGACUGGCAACCAACACGAAGGGACGCAGAGAUCAUGACAGCGUCUCGCCAAGAGAGCAAUUUCAGCGUUCUGGCCAACUUGAUUGCUAUUUGCCCCCAUCUGGAUGACUUUGAGCUACAUUACCAAUCGAUCAUGUGGCUAAAUAGUCACCUAUCUCGCAACUUCCCACGUCAAGACAUACUUCGGCAUUUGGCUGGACUAGAUAAUCCGCCCAUCUUGAGGCGAUGCAGAGUACGAGGAGCUACCGUGAGAGGUAUAGAUUUGCUCAACUUUAUCCGCCGAUCAAGAGUCGCGGAGGCAUCUAUUGAGGUAAUAACUCUUGAGCAAGGAAGUUUGCGACCUAUCGUCGAUUACUGCACUAGUGAGUCGGCUGAUAUCACCAAGCUCCAUAUUGACACCGUGUUUGAGAAGAGCGAGGAAGGUUAUACUGGACUGGUUCAUUUUCUCGACGAGGGAGAGUCUCGAAGAUACGGGGGCAGGUUCGAGGUCGGGACCGAAAUCUUGAAUCGUGAGGGCGACGGUAGGACAGAGCCCGUCACCUACUAUGUCCGCCGCCCGGUUGCAGAAGGAAACCCAACUAUAUAUGAAUGGAGGAGACUUAUGCGACAAGAGUAUGGAUAA